AUGAUGAUCCGACAUAUACUUAUACAGGACCAAAACAGCAACUGCAACAUAGCAAUGGCUUGGGUACCAGAAGGAAAAAGAAGAAGAGGAAGACCAAAGACCACCUGGAGGCGAACGGUUGAAAAAAAAAGAAAGAAAGAAAGAAAGAAAGAAAGAAAGAAAGAAAGAAAGAAAGAAAGGAGCAUGGGAAUUAUGGGACGAAGUGAGGACCAAAGCAGCCAACCGAAAAAAGUGA